GGUCACAGAAGGCAGGAUCGGUGAUGACCUCCACCAUGGCCUGGUCCUUUCUCCUCCUCACCCUCCUUGCUUAUUGCACAGGGUCCUGGGCCCAGUCUGUGCUGACUCAGCCACCUUCAGUUUCUGGGGCCCUGGGCCAGAAGGUCACCAUCUCCUGCUCUGGAAGUUCAUACAACAGUAUUUUGGGUGUGAACUGGUACCAACAGCUCCCAGGAAAGGCUCCUAAACUCCUCAUAUAUGGUGGUAGCAAUCGACCCUCUGGUGUCCCUGAACGAUUUUCUGGCUCCAAAGCUGGUGACUCAGGCUCUCUGACCAUCAAUGGGCUCCAGGCUGAGGAUGAGGCUGAUUAUUACUGCCAGUCCUUUGAUCCUAGUCUCAGUGCUCACACAGUGCUCCAGGCCUGUGGGGAAGACAGCCUGAUUCUCAUUGUUCUAGAGCUAAAUACAAUCAAGCAUCACAAGGAGCUCCUGGUCCAUGGGCAAAGGGACAUCAGUGUUGGCGGCUCUAACAUCUACUGGAUCCAGCAGCAGCCAGGGAGCCCUCCCCGGGGUCUGCUGAACUACUCCUCAGACUCCGAUAAGCACCAGGGCUCCGGGGUCCCCAGCCGCUUCUCUGGCUUCAAAGAUGCCUUGGCCGAUGCAGGGCUUCUGCGCAUCUCUGGGCUGCAGGCUGAGACCGAGGCGGACUAUCACUCGGCUGCAGCUCAGGGCGGUGGGAGCAGCUGA